GGUGUGUUGGUGGAUUGACCAUAACUAUACAAUCCAUGUCACGAGCAGUCCACAUCCUUUUGUCACUGCAACAGCCGCCAUUCAUUCCAUCAAGAUGUUCAUUCACACCAUCCAGACCACGCCCGCCACACCCACUGAGCUAUACAACAAAGUGACCAUCCAACCCUCUCACUGCCCUCUGCCUCUAUCUCUGUCUCUUAUGUACAUGCACACACACGAGGAACGCAGUCUCCACUCAGUGUGUUUGCCAUGUCAGCCGUGGCUUCGCCAGGCACCCCCCCACCACACCCACCCAAUCUUCUCGCUCAGGUGAUGGGCAGUUUCUUGGCCUUGCAGUACGCCUUGUAAUCGGCCUCCGUGAGUACAUACCCCCAGUGUUGCAGCGUCUGCAUCACCACACCACACACAGUCGUCUCUCAGCCAGGAUCUCAAGGCCAACACACACACAUAUGCUCACCCACCUGUCGGAUGACGGGUGACACCUGGACGUCGUCGUAUCGGGUGCCGCGCCGGUUGAUCUGCCCACACAGCUGAGAACGGAAGCGACCGGUGGGACCCAUCACGCCUGAACAGACAGAAGAGCGGCAGCAAGGAGGAUGAGGACGUGUGUGUGUGUGUGUGUGUGUGGAGACAACGUAUGUGUGGACGUGUGCGCGUAUCCUGCCAGCUCCUCAGGGUCUGUGUGUGUCAGGACCUUUGAAUCGGCUGAUCUGCCGUUUGUCGUCCGAAGAUCGCCUCCCGAGGUAAAACCGGCAGUACCUGAUAGCGGACACACACAGAGUGUAGCAUGGCAAUGAAGGGUGUGUCCCGUGUGUAGUCUGUGUCCGUCCGCCUACCACUGGAACGCGCCGUAAGGGUCCUGCUUCUUGAUCCAGCCACUACUCUCCCACUGGUCGAGGCUCUGGCCGCUGCAAUGCACCACACCAUCGUGACAGACACGUCCGUCAUUCCUGACCCUUUCCCUCUCUGCCUGAUAAAUACAUGCAUCCCCCCACUCACCAUUUGACGUCGUACUUGUUCACCUCUUCGCGGUAGGUUUGACUGGUCAGCAUCCGGCCUCUGUUCAUGCCCUCAAACCACUCCUGAGGGAACUGCAAAGGGCAUGCAGGUGUCAACAAGAGAAAGGUAUCAACCAGCAAUCACCAUCCACCAUCCGUGUGUGUCCUCUUCCUCACCUCGGCCAGCACUUGCUUGGGGUCAUAGGUUUUGCCCGUCACGCUGGAGUAAAUCGAACGGAAAUACGUACCACCUGAUGUGGACACACCGACGCCACACAUACCGCAUCACACUCAUACAUACCAUACACCAGUUCACUCAUCUGUAUGCUCUGACCGAAUGAGCCGCGCUGCAGCACUUCCGCUGGGGUGAGGUUGGGCUUGAAGUCCGGGUAGUCCUCGAACACUAGCGUGCCGUCGGGACGCCGCUUCGGUACCGGGGCACGCUCCGCAUAGAUCUCUGAUGAGCCGCAAUAACAGGAAACGGAUCCCCGUUGCAUGCAUCGCACAUUCCCCACGCACCUGUGUCGAGUUUGACGCCACGAUCCAUAUGCGAUGCAGCAGCAGCAGGAGCAGGAGCAGGAGCGGCCUUCUUCACUCUCGUCUCCUUUUUCUGGAUUGUCUUCGUGACCUUCCCGGCCUCCUGCUGCUUGGCCUUGGGCUUCGGCUUGGCAGCGGCGCCCUUGACCAUGAAGACGUGUUGACGGAUGCAAAACGCCGUCUGGCAGCCUCCAGGCCUCACGCUACAGGGCAGGCUGGUCGACAGAAGGAAACUCCGGUGGACGCAAAGCAGCAACAGAGACCACCUAUUCAUCCAUCUAUCAAC